UGCUUCUUUUCACAUAAUCAUCUGCAUAAGAAGGAAUCGCUUCAGACUUUCUGCACCAUGGCAUUCACUGGCAAAUAUGAAAUGGAAUCCCAGGAGAACUUUGAACAAUUUAUGAAGAUUGCUGGUUUACCUGAUGACUUGAUUGAGAGAGGUAAAGACCUGAAGAGCAUCACAGAAAUUCAGCAGAAUGGUAAUACAUUCAAAAUCGUUGUCACAACUGGUGCGCAUGUUAUAACAAACAACUUCACUAUUGGGGAAGAGGCAGAGUUUGAAAUGAUAAAUCUUGAGAAAGUACGGGCAGUGGCAAAUCUUGAAGGUGGUAACAAGUUGGUAGUUGUACUGAAAGGAGUGACCACCAUCUCCGAGCUGUCUGGUGACAAGCUCAUAGAUACCGUGUCGGCUGGAGGUGUAACUUACAAAAGAAUCAGCAAGAGAGUAUAAAUAUUCAUGCAAUCUUCAAGGGAGUAUCUGUCUGCAUUCUUACUUCAAAAGUCCUUGCCUAAUGUAAAUAAAGUUAGACUGACUGAAAGGCCCCAUCUUUGUCAACAUUAAUAGAUUUCCUAACCUAUUUAUAGGUAUCUCUAAAGACAGUACCAUUCAAUCAAGUUUUGGAAAAAUCUUUUUGAAAAGCAGUGUGAUAAUGUUGGCUCUUAUACAUGCAUGUUUACACUCUGAUGGUGUAACUAAAAGGAAUUAAAAAAAGAGUAACUGCCUUGCAGUAACAAUUUAAGGCAUUUAAACUGCCAAGCUGGCUGCAGAUAAAACAACUAGUGUUAAUAUAAACUUUAGAGCAAAUGGAAGACACAUAGAAGAUGUAGAAGUUUAUACAUUGGCUUGUCUUCUGAUUGUUAGCUGCAUUGUCAUGACACUUCACUAUAUUUUGUGAAGCCUGUUUUUUAAACAGCACUGACUUAAAUGCUUCCAUGACUGAAAGUGUGAGAGAGAAGUUUUACUGACAACAUUGAUUAUUAGCGAAUGAUCUUUUUGCCCUUCUCAUGCUCUUUGAACUUAUAUGGUGGCUAUGCAUGUUGACGUAGCCAUAUGAGUGAGAGCAUUUACUCAUUGCUGCAGUUAAUAACACCUGGUGCUUUCAUGAUGUUCUAGCCUUGGCAAAUUAUGCUGUAUUAUGUUUUUUGAAAAACAGAUCUGUAUGCUUUUUUACUG